CAGUUCUCGCUCUGGUCGGCGGGCAAACGAAACUUCACAAAAGAUGUCUGAGCAACAACCAACUCAGUUUAUAAAUCCAGAAACUCCUGGCUAUGUUGGAUUUGCAAAUCUUCCUAAUCAAGUCCACCGAAAAUCAGUGAAAAAGGGUUUUGAGUCCACACUAAUGGUGAUCGGUGAAUCGGGUCUAGGAAAAUCGUCUCUCAUAAAUAGCCUAUUCCUGACUGAUCUCUACCCAGAAAGAAUCCUACCUGGAGCCGCAGAGAAAAUAGAAAGAACCGUCCAAAUUGAAGCUUCAACUGUUGAGAUUGAAGAGCAGGGGGUCAAGCUGCGACUGACGGUGGUGGACACCCCCGGCUAUGGUGACGCCAUUAACUGCAGGGAUUGUUUUAAGACGAUUAUCUCCUACAUUGAUGAGCAGUUUGAACGGUACCUGCACGAUGAGAGUGGCUUGAACAGGUGGCACAUCAUCGACAACAGGGUGCAUUGCUGCUUUUAUUUCCUGUCGCCUUUUGGCCACGGACUUAAACCCUUGGAUGUUGCAUUUAUGAAGGCAAUACACAACAAGGUGAAUAUCGUGCCUGUCAUUGCAAAAGCCGACACUCUCACUCUGAAGGAGCGGGAGCGACUGAAGGAAAGGAUUCUGGAUGAAAUUGAAGAACAUAACAUCAAAAUCUAUCACUUACCUGAUGCAGAAUCAGAUGAAGAUGAAGAUUUUAAAGAGCAGACUAGGUGCCUCAAGGCCAGUAUCCCAUUCUCUGUGGUUGGAUCCAGUCAGCUGAUUGAAGCCAAAGGGAGGAAGGUCAGAGGCCGCCUCUACCCCUGGGGUGUUGUAGAGGUGGAGAACCCCGAGCACAACGACUGCCUGAAGCCGAGGACAAUGCUCAUCACCCACAUGCAGGACCUCCAGGAGGUGACCCAGGACCUGCACUACGAAAACUUCCAUUCCAAGAGGUUCAGGAGAGGCGGCUGCAAAGUGGAGAGCGAGGACAUGAAUAAAGACCAGAUCUUGCUGGAAAAGGAAGCUGAGCUCCGCUGCAUGCAAGAGAUGAUCGCCAGGAUGCAGGCGCAGAUGCAGAUGCAGAUGCAGGGCGGAGACGGCGACAGCGAGGCGCUCGGGCACCACGUGUGAGGCGACGUGAGCCUGUUGAAAACACUUUCCUGGUUAAAAAGAAAACAUUCCAGACGGUAAUAUAGCUGCGUGUUUUCACGAGAUCGUUGGAAGGCUACCCAUCCACAUUUUGCAGAACCUGUGCCUGAGAAUUUAAUUUUU